UAUAAGUCUUCUUUACUGAUUGAUGCAAAGACCCACAUGCUCAUACCAACUAUAUACAUUUCUCUUCUUCUUCUUCUUCUUUCAAAACAACAGGCAUAGCUAGAAGAGGGAAGAUGGUUUUGGAUCAACUGCCUGCUGAUUGUUCUGCAAACAUUCUAUCCCUUACUUCCCCUCGCGAUGUGGGUCGAUUCUCGGUCAUCUCUUCGACCCUUCAAUCCAUGGCUGAUUCUGAUGCAGUGUGGAACAAGUUUCUACCGUCUGAUUGGCAACAGAUUCUGUGCAGAUUAGUGAAUUCAGUGGAUUACUCUUCCAAGAAGGACUUGUUUCUCAGGUUAUGUAUUCCACAGUUGAUUGACGGGGGCAAGAAGACUUUCUCAUUAGAGAAAGCAACAGGUAGAAAGUGUUAUAUGUUAAGUGCAAGGGACCUUUCAAUUACCUGGGCACACAAUCCCCUUUACUGGUCCUGGAAGCGAUGCCCCGAUUCAAGAUUUCCUGAAGUUGCAGAACUUAGGACAGUAUGGUGGCUAGAAAUCAAUGGAAGCAUCAACACUUCACUGCUGUCUCCAGAAACAGUUUACGGAGCGUAUUUCAUCCUUAAGCUGGCUGACCGCGCCUAUGGUUUAGACUCUUUGCCAUCAGAAGUGUCAGUUGAAGUUGGUACCCUCAAAUCCCAAGGUUCGGUAUACUUGCGACGCCAAGAUAGCGCUAAACAAUGCAAAGUUUACUUUUUGAACCCAGUUGAAGCACCGAGAACAAGGGUUACGGAGGGCGAGAUACGAACUCUGAAGAAGCGCCAAGACGGAUGGAUGGAGGUUGAGUUGGGAAGCUUUUAUAAUGAUGGAAGCAUUGGUGAAGUUAAAAUGAGCCUGAAAGAGGUGAAGGGUCAUCACCUGAAAGGUGGUCUUAUUGUUGGUGGAAUUGAGCUUAGGCCUAAAAACUGAUAACUAUAUCAUUUUUGUUUUCUUCUCUUCCUUUUCAUCCAACUCCAACUCAUGUAAUAAUUUUUUCAAUAAGGAGAACAUCUACAUAGUAUGAAUCAUGACAAUAAAUCUCAA